ACUGUUUUAGUUUCUAUUUUGUUCAUUUUUCCUCUGAUCUUUGUCAUUUCCUUCAAUUUUAGGUUUAGUUUGUUCUUGCUUUCCCAAGUUCUUGAGAUGUAAUCUUUGGUUUGUUUAUUUGAAAUCUUUCUCUUUUUUUUUAUGUAUACACUCCUUGCUGUAAAAUGUCCUUAAUGCUGCUUUAAAUUGGGAAUUUAAAUUGAGAAUUAACAACUUUAUCUCCAUGACAAGACUGUCUUCACAUUCCUGACAUAAAACACAUAAAAGAAUAAUACAGGCAAUCCUGAUUUUUUUCCCCCUUGUUUGUUUGGUUUUAAAUGUGAACUUAUUUGCUUUUUCUUUGGAGAGCACCUGUCUCCGCCUUGUUUUGAUCCAGCCAGUGUUUAAGUUGGCUCCAUUUCCCGACUUCAAAACAGCUAGUUGUAGGGAAUGAAGGCUAAAUUUUUAUGCUUAAAAAUAGCAGAAAAAAAUUCUCAGCAGGCUAAUAAAAAAAAAAAAAAAAAAACAAACCAAGUAUAUAACCAUAUUCGAUUUCAAGCCCGGACUCCCUUACGAUCUUUUAUUUAUUUUUGUGGUGUUGGGGAUUGAACCCUGGGCCUUAGGUCAUGCUAGGCAAAUGGUCUACAACGGAGCUACGGCCACAGUCCAGAGUUUCUUUCAUAAGCAACUUUCGCCUGAGGUUUUCACAGUGUAAAGGCCAAUGUGGCUGGAAGGCGUCCCUUCCUGCGUUCGGGGAGUUUGCCUCGAGCUGCCGCGCUGUGCCAGCCUGCUCAGCCGGGACGCAUGUGCGCUCCCAGGGUGGGGCCGUCCCUCUGUGGACCGCGAAUACCUGGGGAUGCCUCGGGAGGGUCACCAGAGGAGCCGCGCCGCACGUCACGACCCUGUGGGCCGCGGAGGCUCCGCGGGGCUCUUGGCCCUGCGCUACCCAGCUGCGGUUUCUGGUGUCGCGUUCCCUCCGGAGACCCACCAGGAACUUGCUGGAAAGGGCUGGCUUUGGGGAUCCUCUGCGGCCGCGGUCUUCCCAGAUCCUCGCCGGCCGCUCGCUGCACCGAGCUCAUCCUGUCUCCCAGGAGCAGCGCGGGCGCAUCUGCCGGGGUCUGAGGUCGUCAUGAGCGGCCAUGUGGCACAUGUCACCCUUCCCGGGGCUGCCUCCCAGGAGCUUUCCGAGAACAGCCAGCCCCUCGGCCCUGCGCUGCUGGCCUGGUCGUCUCUGCCGUCUGCACAUGCGCAGAAGUGGAUGUAUUGGAAGAUCGCAGCUUCUGCCUUUCUCUUCCCGACGUCAGCUCCAGGAACCUACUUGGGUCUUCAGCUGUGUGAGCAAAGUUCUUCUCUUUGCAAAGCAAGCAGCAGCUGUCCCAGUCCUGGGUCUCCUCGGGGCCCAGGCCGGCUGAGGGCUGGUCUCUGCUGAGAUCUCUUGGAGCCAAACUGCCCGACUGGCCUCCCGUGACUUGUGACCUCUUCCUCGGAGACGGCACCCGAGUGUGAUGUUCCGCACAAUUCGUUGUUAUCCAUCCCCUCCUUGAAAACAGUUGCCUGGCGGACUGCAGAGUAGGAAACAACAGCAGGGCUUGUAACAGAAAAUGACGGGGUUAGAAAUAAUUUUGGUUUCUAAAGCAGUAUAAUUUGAUCCCAAGUUUGUGGGACUACAGAAAACACUGUCAAAUUCAUGUUGUUUGCCUAAAACAAAACAAAACCCUGAAUAAACAAAAACUCUAGA